AUGCAUCAUCUCCGCUUUGCAGACGACAUCAUGCUGAUAACAGCGAACAUCGAGCAGGAGGAACGCAUGCUAGCCGGAGCUUCUUGUGGAAUAAUCUACUUAAGACUCAACGGAGACAUGAGAGACGGAAUGGUUCCUGAUCAAGUCUAUAAACCGAAUGUCGAAACCUGCUGUUACUCUCGUACUAAGCAGGAUUACUUUCGCAACAGUUAG